UCACCAAGAAUAAUUUAAAAAUGGGGUGUGUAGUCUGUGGCCAAGAUCUGAAGACGACAUCCUACACAGAAGAUAAGCAGGAAAUGAUGAGCUUUAAGGAAAAGCACAACUUUGUGUAACAUUCUCAGUUCUCACAUAGUUUCACAACGGAAGCUUCAGCUCUGCAGCAACAGGGAAAAAAUGAACACAAUCCGAAAAUGCGAAGAAUUUAUCUAUUCUAAUUUCACUAUUAUGCAAAAAUUACUUCUGAUUACAUUGCUUUUCUUGCUAGAAUCAUUUCUGGACACCAUAUUUGAUUGCCCUGGCAAUUAUGAUGUGGGGAGGGUUUACAGUCAUGUUUUUAUAAUUCUCCCAAUCGUGAUAUUUACCCUUCUGAGUCUGACCUUCAGGAAAAGGUCGAUAAGUAAACGACGCCUCUUCUUUAAUCACUAUAUGCUAGCGACGCUGGAAUGCGGCGAAGUAAUUCUGCUUUGGAUUUUUGUCUUACUAAUUGAUGGGCAGUAUUUUGACUGCUAUGUGAGAAUGACGUUCAGUGGACCUACCCUUUACUAUUUCAGAAGCUAUAGUCAGGUUGCAGGGCUUUUUGGCUUUACUCUAUACUUCCUUGUCAUUUAUUUCAUGACACAACACAGUUGCAAGAGUUCAUUUUUAUCGUUUUGGUAUCGCAAGAGACACGAGGAGCACCUGCUAAUGGAUAUCGAGCAAAUCCUUCACAACAAGUUAGUGGAAAAAAGGAAGAACUUAGUUGAAGAAUUGGUGAGCAAAGAUUUUGAUAAAGUAAACCCUAAAGAAGGAGGCUCGCUGGAAAAACUGGCAGAGAUGAUAAGGAGCUACAAAGAUGAUGUUGAGAAACUGCUUACAGAGGCAUCUGAUGAGAAGGACAUUGAGUUAGUUGUACAGGAUUCAUGAUUUCAUACGAGAAAACUAACCAAUAACUAGCUCAUGGAUGAAAUUUCAUCUCCAACAAAAUGAAAAAAUAUAGCAUCUAUUUUUACUUUUUUUUCUAUUUGAAGAGGAAACAGUGGCUAUUUUUGUAAUGUAGGGUGCAUAUACCUCCCAACAGGCCUGAUUUUUAAGAGCUGCAUACGUCUCCCACCUUCAUGAUUUUGAAGGUGCCUCUUGCACACCCUACAACAAGGUUGUCCCCAUUUGGACACCUGAAUUAUGUGCUAGUGACAAGUUCUCCAUAACUGAGGCAGCAGAACCUUAGAUAAAGUUUUAUCUGCUAUACAUUAGCUUUAAAAUGAUCAGACAAAAAGUGAAUGUAAAAUUGUGUGGCCAAUUAUUUAAAUGGGAGAAAUAGACAUCUCAUUAAUGUUAUCGCCUACUGUUUACUCUUUUAUAGUCAACUAACUUCUUUAUAAAUUAGCAAAUCUUUUGCUUUAUUUCUAUCAGCUGAAUUGCCUUCUGGGCAAUAUAAAAAAGUAUUUAGAAAACGUAUUGUAUGAAAGUUGUUUUGCAUGGCUUCAAUUAAAGAUAUAUGAAACAUUC